UCUGGCACAAGAUGAGAGGUUCUGGUCUUCCCCUCUGUCUUCUUUCUGUGUUUUAUCUCUUCUGGACACCUUCUGCUGGGCUGAAAACACUGCAUUUGGGAAGCUGUGUGAUCACCACUAAUCUUCAGGGAAUUCGAAGUGGAUUUUCAGAGAUUCGGGACAGUGUGCAAGCCAAAGAUGAAAUCAUUGACAUCAGAAUCUUGAGGAAGACUCAGUUUUUGCAAGGCACAAAGCCUGCAGAUCAGUGCUGCCUCCUUCAUCAUAUACUGAGACUUUACCUGGACAGGGUAUUCAAAAACUAUCAACCCCCUGACCACCAUAUCUUUCGGAAGGUCAGCCGUCUUGCCAACUCUCUUCUCACCAUCAAGAAGGACCUCCGGCUCUGUCAUGCCCAUAUGUCAUGCCCUUGUGGGGAAGAAGCAAAGGAGAAAUACAGCCAGAUUCUGAGUCAUUUUGAAGAGCUUCCACCUCAGGCAGCGGCGGUGAAGGCUUUGGGGGAGCUAGACAUUCUCUUGCGAUGGAUGGAAGAGGUGGACUAGGAUGAAAGUGAUGCUGCUGAGAGUAUUCUGGGCUCAGCCCUCAGGACCCAUGGAAGCAUGACCCUGAACCGCUGUCUGUUUGUUGUGUAAUUUAGUGCUGGUCACCAUGUCCAUUAUUUAUUUAUUAUUUGUUUCCUUAUUGUGGCUAUUAGUGUUUCUACUCUUAAUUAAAGAAACACAAUGCCAGAGAAUGUUCAAACUACUGCACAAUUGCUUUCUUCUCACGU